AUGAAAAUACCCUCAUUUGUCAAAUUUUUAUUGUUGAUCCUUUGUUGUUUGGUCAUUUUUACACCAACAUAUCCCGUUUACUCGUAUUCAACAGAGGAACACAGAAUGGUCUAUACUUCAGUGACAUUCUUCUUGUGCUUCUUGGUGUGCUGCCUCGUUUCAAAUCUGUUUGUGGAGGAGGAACAAGUUGUACCGCGAAUGUUCCCAACCGCCGCUCCAAUCUCACAAAAAUCUGAAUAUAUCAAGGCACUCCCAAGAAUGUCCGCAAUACCAAAACAAAGCACCGCACCAACAGCAGUCGGGAUGGAACUCAACGACUUUGUUCUGAGAGAACAAAACAUAACCGAAGAAAUCCUCAAAAAGCAACAAGCACUUUUACUCGAGUCUGAUCCUCUUGUACAGGCUAACCUCAAGGAUGAAAUCGCAAAACUUAAUGUCGACCUCGUGAACGCUCAACAAGCUUCAAAACUGAAACACGACAUGGAGAGAAAAAGAGUCUCUUCUGCUUGA